CAUGUGGAAUAUAAUUUGUAUGCUCUUGUUGUCGUAUUUAGUAUCAUCAAAUACUGCAGAGUCUGAGUUUGAGCUAACAUUCUAUGAUAUUGAUAUAACUGAAAUCAGCUCUGAAUACGUCAGUAAUGUGGAAGCUUAUGUCAAUGACGAUAAUUCUGGAUUUUUUCUGAAUUUCACAUUAAUAAAAAGAUUUCCUGAUACAGCAAGGUUGUUAUAUAAGUUACUAGGAUCAUCAAUGGGCGAGUAUAUCAUGCCAACUGGGAUGAAUAUUGAUACAGGAUUAUGUGAAGUAUUCGAGCCAAAUUAUCGUCUGAUUGGAGAUCAGAUUGAACAAAUUGGAAUUAAUGGUGACAACUGUCCUCCUAGUCCAGGAACCUAUACUGCUGAGAACAUAGCUUUGUCUUCAGAAAAUUUACCUGACGUAUUUCCACCGAACAAUUAUGUUGCAAUUAUUAAAUUAUAUAAUGGAUUCGAAAAUUUUGGAGUAUUUAAAGCAUUUGUUCGUCUUGCUAUGUAACAGUUAAAUAAAUUUGAAAUAUUUGUUAUCAAUUGUUUACUUAAUAAAUGAAUAAGAAG